AUGCCUAGAGAGAGAGAUCCCCUGGUCGUAGGAAGGGUGGUGGGGGAUGUAUUGGAUCCGUUCACGAGGAAUGUUUCUCUUAGGAUUACGUAUAGUUCAAGGGAGGUCACCAAUGGGAAGGAAUUCAAGCCCUCAGCUGUAGUCAACCAACCUAGGGUUGAGGUCGGAGGCAACGACCUCAGGACAUUCUACACUCUCGUAAGCUCGCUCUCUCUCUCUCUCUCUCUCUCUCCCUCUCUCAUCAUUGGAAAGACCCUCUAUAAGGUGAACAAUAAGGCUAAUGGAUCGAUCUCAAUGUGAAAAUUUUCUGCAUAAGUUUGCAUGGUAGUAGUUCAUUGAUUUAUAUAUUAUUUCUUGAAGGUGAUGGUGGAUCCCGAUGCUCCGAGCCCAAGCGACCCGAAUCUAAGAGAGUAUCUGCACUGGUGAGCAUUCUUACAUGUCUUCCCCCGGCGAUAUUUAGAAUAUGGGAUCGAGUCCGAGAAAUUAUUAAAUUUUGGUGUUGAAGAGGAAAUCUUGAAGACAGAUCCUGCUUUAACCAGGCAGAUGCUGUCUGAGCCGAAAGUGUUACCAGGGUUUCCAUAUCUCAAUCUUAGAUCAGUCCCAAAGUGGAAAAGUCUCACGAAAUCGCAUGCCUUGGUGUCACUUAUGAGCGUUUGGUUCUGAGAAAACUAAAGGCGGGGUAUCUCUCUAUUUAGGGCAUAAUGCAUCUGAGUAGACCAUCCCCAUCUUUAGGCAAUCCCCUCCUUACGAGGCAAACCUAUAUCAGUUUUAAGGUUAUACAGGUUCGGUAAUAGCCCUGCUCUUGCUUCGGAGAGGGUUAAGCCAAAUCUGAGGAGACAGACUCCUUAGGAGCUCCUCCUAGGUCUCUUUUUUGGGGUGAAAUUCCUCGGAGUUUCUUGUUUCGGAGACCAUAAUUUUGCUCAGCUGACAUGUUUUCCUGAUAUUUAUCUUCGCGUAAGCCCUCCUGAUCUGCCGCAUUAUUUCCUCGUGCACUGAUGGGGAUACCUAAUCUUCUCCAGGUUGGUCACGGAUAUACCGGCAACGACUGGUGCAACUUUCGGUGAGAUCGCCAACCCACCACCACUCAUAUGAACAUAGAUACAUCCCUCUCUCUCUCUCUCUCUCUCUCUCUCUCUCUCUCUCUCUCUCUCUCUCUCUCUGUAUGUGUAUACGUAGGUUUAUCCCCCAAAAAUUGUGCAACCCACCACUCAGACAACAGGAGUUUGCCUCACAACCUGUGACCGGCACAGAUGACUCAAAUAAGUUUUAAAGCAUAAGCUAAGAGAGUGAUAAACAUACCCAAGUCUAUUUAUGUCCGUAUUUUUUUCAUUCGGUAAAGUCCUCUCUUCGAUUACUAUAAUCUCGGUACUACUCACACCUGCAUCCUCCCCACUGCAAAUGGUUGAUUCCCUCAUCGAUUUUAUGUCCAAAAAAAACAUACACAUCCAGGCCAGGAGAUCGUCUGCUACGAGAGCCCCCGGCCGACCAUGGGGAUCCACCGCUUCGUCUUCGUCCUCUUCCAGCAGCUGGGCCGGCAGACGGUCUACGCCCCCGGGUGGAGGCAGAACUUCAACACCCGAGACUUCGCCGAGGUCUACAACCUCGGCUCGCCCAUCGCAGCCGUCUACUUCGACUGCCAGAGGGAGACGGGCUCCGGCGGCAGAAGAAUGUAG